UGGAAAAUAAGUCGUAGAUGGAUUAGAAAAAUAAGCUAGACAAAACAUGGUAGAACUUGAGAAGAUGUUGCUAUGGCUUGUUUUGUUAUGCAUAUCUCAAGCUACAAAAGCAGACAUGGCAGAUUCAUAUGUCACAAAAGCUGGAUGUUCUGGUAAAUGUGGGAAUGUCAGCGUUCCGUACCCGUUUGGGAUUGGCGAAGCUUCUUGUGCCAUAAACAAUCAUUUCUUCAUGAAUUGUAGUGAUAUUAAUCUCUUCUUUGGUACUAACAUGCCUAUUAAUACCAUAUCAGUGGAGGAAGGAACUGUAUCCGUAAACAUCCAGGCAGCUUUCAACUGUUUCAACGCGACCGGGCUGAUUCAAUGGUUCAAUCAGAGCAUCACAUUGGGAGCUGGACCGUACAGAUUCUCAGACACAGAAAACAAACUAACAGUUUUUGGUUGUGAUACAUUUGCUUUGAUGGGCGACGCGGAUGGAAAUUUCAGCAGCGGUUGUCUUACCUUAUGCAGUGAUGCUCCAACCAUGGAACAAGAAAAGACCUGCUCAGGUGUUGGAUGCUGUCAGACCCCGAUUCCGCAUAAUCUAAAGACAUUAGAUAUUAUUGUAGGAUCUUUGUCUGAUCACAAAGACGUUAUGGACUUCAAUCCUUGUGGAUAUGCAUUUGUGGCUGAUCAAAGAACAUUCAAUGCUUCGGAUUACGGGUUGAGUAACUACUCAGAUGCAAUUGUGAGACCAGAUGCUGUGAUAGAAUGGGUGGUAAGUGAGGAGACCUGUGAAGAAGCUGAGGCAAACAGCAGUACAUAUGCUUGUGGCAGAAAUACUAACUGUACCUACUCUGAAAACGGCAGAGGAUAUCGCUGCUUGUGCAAGGAAGGAUUCAGAGGAAAUCCUUAUUUCCCAGAUGGAUGUAGAGACAUUGAUGAGUGCAAGGAACCAGAAAUAUAUACAUGUAAAGGAAGUUGCAAGAACACAAUAGGGAAUUACACAUGCCACUGCCCAGUUGGUAUGCGCGGCGAUGGAAAAGUUGGAUGUCAGGGAUUUCGAAUAACCACGAUUUUCACAGUUAUUGGGGCAACCAUUGUAUUGGUGAUUAUCAGUGUUCUAGUCUUUGUGAUAUUCAAGAGGCGAAGAAAGGAGAAGAACUUCUUAGACAACGGGGGUAAGUUACUGAAGCACCAACGAGUAAGGAUCUUCAGUGAAGCAGAGCUGUUAAAAGCAACCAACAACUAUGACAAAAGCCGGUUUCUUGGCGAAGGCGGGUUUGGUUCAGUUUACAGAGGGAUACUGGCUGAUAACAUUGAAGUUGCAGUCAAGAAGCCUAAAGGGGUGGACAAAGCUCAGGUAAAUGAGGAAUCUCAACAAGAAAUUAGCAUUGUUUCACAAGUCAAUCAUAAGAAUGUAGUCAAGCUGUUAGGCUUGUGUCUGGAGACCAAAGUUCCAUUGCUGGUUUAUGAAUUUAUCUCCAAUGGAACACUUCACCAGCAUAUCCAUGACAAGAAAUCGCGCAUUUUAAAGACAUGGAAACCGCGCUUGAGGAUCGCUGAAGAGACUGCUCUAGCAUUGAAUUAUUUGCACUCUUUGGCAUACCCUCCGAUCAUUCACAGCGAUGUCAAGUCGAUGAACAUACUCUUGGAUGAUAAUUACACUGCAAAAGUGUCCGAUUUUGGUGCUUCAGUGCUGAUUUCAGCGGACGAAACUGUGAUCGCCACGAAAAUUCAAGGAACUUUUGGUUACUUGGAUCCUGAAUAUCUAAUGACUGGUAAUUUAACAGCGAAGAGCGAUGUUUACAGUUUUGGGAUCGUCAUCUUGGAGCUACUAACAGGAGAGAAACCUUCCUCCAACUCAAGGUCCAGCGAGAAAGGUAACAUUAUUCAACACUUCAUCUCAUCAUUAGAAAACAACACUCUCCAUCAAAUAUUGGAUUUUGAGGUAUCCGAUGAAGAUGAAAUGGAUGAGAUAGAAGUUGUGGCGGAGCUUGUAAAAAGAUGCAUACAUAGCAGUGGCGUGAAAAGGCCAACUAUGAAGGAAGUAGCUGAGGAACUCUCCAGGCUUAGGAAGCUCGGUGAGGACAUGUCAGCUCAGCAGAACGGUGAAGAGACAGAGCAUUUGCUUGGUGAACCUUCCUACUCUCCACCGAGUACUGUCACUGCAAAUGUGAGUCAGCCAGACACAUAUACCAUAAAAACGUUCAACAUCGAGGGUUAUGCUGACAGCAUUUGAUCAUACCAGUUCUACAUUACAUGAAAACGUGCAUACCUGGACUCUCCGUUUGUAUGCAACUCUUCAGGCACCUGUUUUGUUCCUGUAUGGAAGGCUAAAAAAUUGUAUGGUCCCAUAUUGCAAAUGCAAGAUACGUCUGAACAAAUUCAUAUAUCAAGAAUAACUACAGAAAUGCCCAAGACAUGGAUUUUUUCCUUGUGCAUAAUUAGAGAAGUUUCAACUCAAAUUAAAAUUAUAUAAAGCCCCUAAACUUAUUAAUUUCAAACAAAAUGCUAUGAAGCUCACAAAAUAAAUUAAUAAAUAAAUGACGACAUAUUGCUCCUGUUAUAUGACAUCUAACUUCUAUAUGCCACAUCAACAUGGAAUUUUCAAAGAGUUUUUGGGAAUCAGGAAAAAAAUAAA